UUUCUGUGGUAUCUAUGUUUAUUGCCUUUGGUAAUACCAACACUUCAGAUGAAGAUUCGCACAGCUCUAAUGUUGAUUGCAUCAUGGUUCUUUGGCCAGGCUUUGUGGUUGCUGCCAGCAUUUUAUCUGGAAAUGGAAGGGUACAAUACAUUCAUCUCUAUCUUCUUAGCUGGCAUUGCCUUCUUUAUCAUUAACAUAUUUAUUCUGAACACAGUGAUCAGAGCUUAUAUUCCAUCACCGUUAUUUCGAGGAGGAAGAUUGACAACACUCACAUACAGGAAGGAACAAAUGGAAUGAUGCAUUGUGGUAAUUCAGAAGCAUUAUAAAAAAUAGAAGUGGUGAUUAUUGAUCAGUACGAAUAUAUUUUACGACAGG